AUGGCAUCUCCAGGAAAAGUCGAUUAUGCCCCAUCACCCAUCCGAGGACCUGGAGAUGGCAUGGAAAUGGAAGAGACAACUGAACCGGCAGAAGUUGUCACUGGAGCCCCCACUACAAACCUUCACACCCACCACAGCCCACAUAAAAAGACCAUCUCUUCCCUGAGUCCUGGUGUUUUGCAGCUUGGGAAAAUACAUGCUGAUAAAUCAGUGGAGAUCGAAGCUAUUCGUAUAUUAGUGCCCAAAGCAGCUAUCACCCAUGUUGUUCCAACUAAAAAUGCCAAGGUAGCCAGAUCAGUGGGACAUAAAGGAGACACAUUCCAUCAGUCAGAUGGAGCUGCAGGUCCUAAAGAACUGCUAGAGCUUAAAAAUGCCAUAGAAAAACUAAAAAAUUCAGAAAAGAGGCUGUUGCAAGAUAAAGAAGGUCUCUCUAAUCAGCUGCGUGUACAGACAGAGGUGAAUCGGGAGCUGAAGAAGUUACUUGUUGCUUCUGUUGGGGAUGAUCUGCAGUAUCACUUUGAACGGAUGGCUCGUGAGAAAAACCAGCUAAUCUUAGAAAAUGAGGUCCUGGGCCGGAAUUUGUCUCAGCUGUCCGAACAGUUGGAGCGGAUGUCCAUACAGUGUGACGUGUGGCGAAGCAAAUUCCUAGCAAGCAGGGUUAUGGCUGAUGAGCUGACCCAUUCCAGAGCAAUUCUGCAGCGUCAAACCAGGGAUGCUCAGAGCGCAAUCCAGGACUUGCUGAAUGAACGUGAUCAGUUCCGUGAAGAAAUGAUUGAUACGCAAAAGCUGCUGGAGGAGCUGAUGGUUUCUCUCCAGUGGGGGAGACAGCAGACCUACUAUCCCAGUGCCCAGCCUCACACUACGACAGAGCUAGCUGCCGUGAACUGUAAGCUAGCCAAAGCCCUAAGCUCGCAUCUACUUGGCAAUGUUGGCACUAACAGUCCAAAAAAGACUUCAACAGCUGUGGAGUUUUGUAGUACCCCUGCUGAGAAGAUGGCCGAAAUGGUGCUACACGUACUGGAUCCAGUUGCAUGUACAGAAACGUCAACAUCUUUUCCUGAGACUUCUCCCUCUUCCUUUCUUUCUACAAAAAGCAUUGGAAGGUUUCACCCCUAUACAAGAUACGAAAAUGUAACUUUCAAUUGCUGCAACCACUGUCAAGGAGAGCUAAUAGCCCUUUAAAAACACAGCUAAGGCAGCUGCAAGUGCAGUCCUUUUCCUGAAGAAUUACACUACCUGAAAAGCAGCAGGCUUCCCUUUUCCCUCUUUCUUUCC